UUUCUAUCACAUGACUCAUUGCAGCCAAUCACAGCCAAAUGCGAUGAGACACCGACCGAAAUAUGUGGCAAUGAAAGUGGAUCUCUCUGACGCUUCUUUGUGGAGUGUGCGGCGUUUUCCCCAGCUGUUGGCGAGAGCUGCGAGUAAAAGUGGAAGCGGUCUCGGUAGCUUGGGUCCCAGCGAGCGGACGGUUACGGUUACAACCAGCGAAGGGACGGGGAAGAUGGCGUUAACGGUGGCUGUGAACCAGCGCGUGCACCGGUUACACAACUAAGCGGAUCGGUUACACAAAAAACUGAGAUAACGGACUGUUGCCCGCACAGUGUCAUCAUGAAUGUGGGGACGGCCCACAGCGAGGUGAACCCCAACACCCGGGUGAUGAACAGCAGGGGCAUGUGGCUGUCCUACAUCCUGAGCAUCGGCCUCCUUCAUCUCAUCCUGCUCAGCAUCCCUUUCGCCAGCGUCCCCGUCGUCUGGACUCUCACCAACCUCAUCCACAAUCUGUGCAUGUAUCUGCUUCUUCACACGGUCAAAGGGACGCCCUUCCAGACGCCAGAUCAAGGCAAAGCUCGCCUCCUCACACACUGGGAGCAGAUGGACUACGGGGUGCAGUUUACUGCGUCCCGCAAGUUCCUCACCGUCACACCCAUUGUCUUGUAUUUGUUAACCAGCUUCUACACUAAAUACGACCGAGUCCAUUUCGUGGUCAACACCGUUUCCUUGCUCACCGUGCUGAUCCCCAAACUGCCGCAGCUCCACGGCGUCAGAAUUUUUGGGAUUAAUAAGUACUGACAGGAUGGAGGAGGACCCCUCCUUACCUUUUGUCCUCGUACCGCAGAGAGCACUCGCAGUUCCGAGCCGCUUGGCACCUUCUUCUGCAAAGCAGAUCUCUGAAGGAAGUCCCAGGAGGAUCCUAACCCGCUACGGGACACAGUGCUGCUCAGAAACACAGGGAAGUUUCAUCCUGGACUUGCAUGUUUGUUUGUUUUUUAACUUAAAGGGAACUCGUCUUAGAUCAACAAUAUGAAAGGUGGGCGACUAGUUAUUUAUUCAGGUUCCUUCCCGUGUGCAGCUGGCCCCUGGGGGUUUGUGGGACUAAAGGAGAAACGCUUGAGUCGCUCGGGGAACUGCGAGCUGCCGCAGAGGCCAGACGCCUCCACCCACAGGGGUUUAUAUUUAGCUUUCUCUGCUCAGGGUCAGGAAUAAGACGUUGACCAACUCUUGCAAUUAUGUGCCCGUUUCCAUAUUGGGACAUCUCGUGUCCUGCUUUGACCUGUUUGCAAAAUAGUCUGGCUCUUGUUAGGAAUGUGAGGGCAAAAGUUCUUGGCUGAAAACAUUUCAAAACAGUCCAGCAAUAAAGUUUGGGUAGAUUCAAACAUAGAUGUGCUCAAGAAUGACUAUAGUUCCUGUUUUUGUUCUCUAGAUUUCAUAAAUGUCAUUUUCUAUUUUAAUCUCACAUUAGAGAUGCACUAACUUCAAACUCUAUCACUCUUUAUGUUAAUUAAGCACCACCCUCUGUUUCUGAGUAAAAAAUAUUCUUGCAGUACUUAAAUUGACCACUGGAGGUUGGUUUAAAAAAAAGUUUUCAGUGUUUAGGGGAAUUUUUAAAUAUUUUUACAAACUCACCUGCAUUGUCACUGAAGUGGGCGGAGCAAACUGGACCCAUUUCAACUUGAAUUUUUGCUUUUUUAAAUCUGUUGGUUGUCGUCAAUGAUGAUCCGUCCUUUUUAGACAUGCCAUGAACCCAACAUAAACGGAGGGUUUCUUUCAUCAUCUGACAGUUUAACCGUGAAUGUAAUUAACUGAUUCCAUCGCACGUUCAAGUAUCUUCCUGUCGUCGUUUCUACCGUGCUUCUUCCUGAAUUAGAUUUCCUCCAAAGAGAAAAGUCUGUCCUACAGGGUUCCACUCUGACAGGAAAACAGGAAAAGUCAUCGUUAAAUAUUCACUUGACAACCUGGAAUAAUGUCUCAGUGAAUGAUGUUCACGUCCGCUUUGAAUCUGUUGGCACAGCCCGUAAAAAAGCAUGGAGGCUUAUAGGCUCUGCACGCUGUAAAGAUGGCUCUUGAGGGGCGGGGCUUUCAUCUCCUUUUGUUGUAAACUCCCAUAAGCUGCAGUUUAAACUCCAUAAAGCUGUCCACUACUAAUGCCUGCUGAACCAUGGCUUCAUUUUUACACAGAUAACUGCAGCUAAAUAUUUCAGCGCUUUUAAUGCAGCAUCUUUAAAUCCCACUGAACCACUUCUCAUUGAUCAGCGUUGAUCAAAUUUUCCAUUUUAAAACGUACAGCUAUAACAAUUGAGGCAACUUAAGUCCAGUCAUUUAUGUUUUAUUAGCCAUCAGUAUUUUUUAAGCUAAUUUGAUGUGUUUCUAAGAGCUUUAGCUGCAGCUCACCUCUGAAAUUCAUCAGUUCCCCCCACAAGAGGGAUUGCUGCAUCCCUAAUUGACAGUUUUAUAGGAAAAAGUCACGUUUAACUACAUGUGAGAACACUUCUAUGUUUUUUCUCAAGCAGUUUAUAGGAUUUGUUAUGUUUUAGGAACAUUAUAAUACAAAAAGCCUCCUAAAGGAGCAAACAGACGAGGCGUUGUAGCGGCGCUGGAAUUUUCCAGUUCAGGAAUGGUUGUGAUAAACAGAUUAGCCAGAACCAAAAACAACUAUUUGACUUUGCUGUAGCUGGGUACCUUUAAUGACUCUCUUGAGAUUCGGAAAAGUAGCUGUAAAGACCCACUGUGAUGAAAAUUGUGUUUUUAUCUUGUUCUUGUGACAUUUUUCUGAUGACAUUUAUAAAGAAAAUUAGGCUUAAAAUUGCUUUUUUUUAGUAUUUCUUUAUUCAAAUUGUCAUCAAUCAGGAGUAGAAGAAAUAAUAAUGUAGUUUAAAAAAGAGCUUAUUUGUGAUCUAGAAAACUUGCUGAGCUCCCUGCUCCGAGCUCUCAACAUCUGGGGAGGGGAAGAGGGGUGGGCGAUCCCGCCCACAAGUCAGGUGAAUUUCUAUUGAACUAUUGCAGAAAAUAUGUCUCACCAAAUUUUUAAAUUUUGGCUAAAAGCAAGAAUUUACAAACUAUUGGGAACGCUUUGAUAAUAGAUCAAAAUAGGAUCAGAGUGGGUCUUGUUUUAGAAGCAAUGUGGAGUUUGUGCCACUAGAGGGCACUUCCUCUGCACUCAAGCAGAAUCCUGAGCUUUAAUGAAGUUUGGUUACACUUUUUCUUCCAAAUGUUUACUGUCUUUAGCCUGAACAGUGUUAGUCAUGCCCUUUACUUUUUAGCAGUAAAAUAAAUAAAUAAAAGGAAUUGUAGUUAUUAAAGUAUUUAAAAAAGCAACUUUCUAUUUCAUAGUAAGUUGGGUGGAUUUGCUGAACAGACAUCUAGGUUUUUGAAAGUGUAAACAUUUCUCUGUUUUGUCCUAAUUUGCCAGAUUUCAUGUUUUCAUCCUAAAGGGAAUGUUCAGAUGUUUUCAGCACUUUUUUUUAAAGGUGUGUAAAACUGCACAGUUGCAGCUUCUGUUAAGUGCUCUGUGCAGUGUGGGGUGUUCCCUGAAAAACAAAGUGCUUUUGCCAUCUCUCAGUUCCAUAACUGUCGAGUCUGAGUCGCUGAUGCUUGAUGGAAACUGGAACAAAGAGGAUGUAUGAGUGUAAUGCCAAUGUGAAGAUGUUAUUUUUUGUUGUUCAACACUAGGUACUCUGUGAUUAAAGUGUUUUGGGAUUCAA